CUUGCCCUUCAGCAUGUUGCCGCACCUUCAAUUCAUGCGGGGAUUCAAGAACAUGUUUGGUUCUUGCAAGCAAACCCUGACCUACUUUCUUCGCUUUGUUGGUCCGGGAUUCAUAGUUGCUGUAGGUUACCUAGAUCCUGGCAAUUGGGCAUCAGACGCAGAAGCUGGAUCGCAGUUCGGUUACAAGUUACUCUUCAUUAUACUGCUAUCAAAUAUAAUGGCCAUAUACCUUCAAUACCUAGCAAUCCGUUUAGGCACCGUUUCUGGACUUGAUUUAUCGCAAGCUUGUAGGAAGUUUCUGCCUCGUUGGCUCAACUUCGUAUUAUACCUAUUAUGUGAAGCUGCUAUCGUGUCAUGCGAUUUAGCUGAGGUUAUUGGAAGUGCUAUUGCUCUCAAUCUUCUGUUUAACCUGGCUCUUCCCAUUGGAGUCGCUAUUACUGGCUUGGAUGUUUUAAUCAUCCUAGCUUUUUACAAAGAUGAUACCAAAAGCUUACGCAUCGUUCGAUUGUUUGAAGUAUUUGUUAUGAUCUUGGUCUUGACCGUUGGUAUUUGCUUUACCAUAGAACUUGUGUAUUCAAAACCAGUUGGUGUUGAUGUUCUGAAAGGCUAUCUUCCUUCACGCGAUAUAUUUACUGAUUCGAGUAUGCUCUAUGUUGCUAUCAGUAUAAUAGGAGCCACCGUGAUGCCUCAUAAUCUUUACCUCCACUCAAGCCUUGUUCAAGCCCGCUGUGGGAACUGGAAGAACACCAGACCAAGUUUACACGACGCAAUUGAUAUCAAACAAUCCCAAGAUGCUCUUGAUUCCGACAUUAAGAGGCAUUUACGAUAUUCAUUUUGGGAUUUGUUUAUAGCACUCUUGUUCGCCUUCUUCGUCAACUCUGCCAUUUUGAUUGUAUUUUCGGCGAACUUUUACUCAGCAUCAUCACAACAUGUUGUCGGAGACCUGUUUGAAGCCCACGCAUUACUGCAACAAUAUUUGGGAUCAGCCGCAGCUGUAAUUUUUGCAUUGGCAUUGUUAUGUUCCGGACAAAGUUCUACCCUGACCGCGACAUUGGCCGGCCAAAUCAUCAUGUCCGGAUUUUUGGGCAUGACCAGUCGACCUUGGUUACGAAGGCUUGUAACUCGCCUCAUUGCUAUUGUACCGGCCAUGAUCGCCGCUGCUGUAAGUGGAAAGGAAGGACUGAGUAACAUGUUGAUUGCAAGCCAAGUUGCUCUUAGUAUACAACUUCCAUUUGCUGUCAUCCCUUUGGUCAUCUUCACUGGUAUGAAGAGAGUCAUGACCAUUAGCGUCUACAAAGAUGAAGAAAGUCCUAAACGCUUGGAUUCAGAAAUAGCGGAUAAUAACAGCGAUGACGAUAAUAGCAAGAGUUUCAAAUCAGGAAAGUCCACCAAUAUUGGCAGUAGACCUGCAUCAAUGAUACAACAUACAAAUGAACACGCUUUAGAGAUGGACAUCAUGACAGUUCCGUCUAAAGAAUCCAACAACAUAGUCAAACCGACUGGUACAAUUAGCGAACUUGAGGAGAUCGGUAUUCAAGAGUUGGAGCCACUACUGUACAUAAAUAAUCGCAUUACAAAUGUUGCAUCAGCCAUUGUAUCCCUAAUCAUAGUAGGUCUCAAUGCAUAUCUAGUGGUAACGCUUUUCAUGGGCACGUCAGGCUAGAUCAUUUACAUUUGUACAUACAUUUGCCAUUCCCACUCACUCAGUCUUGUAAUUUUUUCACUCCACUUUUUAUUAUAUCUUGUUUGUAAUAAAAUCCAAUCAUC